AUGGACAGUGCCACAAGUAACAAGGAAACGCUACGAUGGUUCGCCUUAAGAAAAGAACAAAUUCGAAAGCAGAUAGAUCUAUAUCGUCUUCAAACAAAUCUAACACCCCUCAAGACGGGCCUCUUUACGACUGGUGGGGCCACAAUCUGCAGUCAUACACUGAAAAGGUAUAACUCUCAAUAUGUUAUCCUCUAUGUCGGCGAGCAUUUUGUUGUGCGUGUGCAUGAAUCCUACAGAGUCGCAAGUAUUGUUAACGAUAAAACAUGUUGUGGGUUACUAAAAACCGAUUUUAUCCCUACACGUGAAAUGAGGAAGGUGCACUUGACAGUUGGGGGUCUACGAAUUCUUCGAGUCCCCAAUGCAGGCGGAAGCUCUGUUGUUUCAGAAGUUAUGUCGUUUGAAUUGCUUUCGCGGUGUUUUUCAGCAAAACUGAAGAAGACAGAAAUGGAGGUGUCCUACUUUCCACACGGUGGCUCUAUCACAGACUAUGUCUGUGAGAUAUUUCAGGAAACUGUAGGUGUGUCAGUUACCCGAGCAAUGAAAUACAGAGGGACAUACACAUAUGAUGAUGCAUACCAUCUACUAAAUAAAAAACUUAGAGGCAUUAUUCAAUCCAGUAAGAAUUCUCAAGAGCAUUGGAGCAAACAAAUUUUGCACAUAUGGUCCACAUCUGAAUAUAUCACAGAAAUCUUGAUGCAAACCUACACAAUGAUUGAUCCAGAAAUUAAGAGUAACACUGUGGUCAUUAUUACAACUGCAAAAUCAGCAGACUGUAUCUUCAACUAGUUUUAACUGUUUUGAAUAUGAUUAACAGGGACAUUACCAGUAGUUUGCGGAUAAAGACAAUUUAAAAUCACUUUAUUCAGACAACUAUCAAUCACAGCUGGCAGCAAAGAUGAACAAAAUUUAAAUAUGUAAAUAAGUUGCAUGCAAGCAUUGUGUAAGUUGUAAAAACAAUGUGAAUUUAUUGUACAAAAAUAUUUAUAAUUAUGUAAUUGUGUACAGUUUCAUAUUACAUUAAAUAAAUGUUAAGAUUUUAUGUUCUUCUUAAUGAGAGGUAAGUUAAGUAAGAUGGGUUCUGACUUGGGAGAAGAUAGGUUACAUGGAAGGAUGGAGAGGGUUAGGAAUUAAACAUUACAUGAACAAUUUUAUUUCUUUAAAAUAUUUUAAAGUUUCUUAGUUUAAAAAUAGUUGUACUGAGACUUUUAUUUAAAUGCUAUUAAUAAAUAUGUAAACUACAGUA